GUGCGGUGAGGUGGACUAUAUAAAGUACUUGUGAACAGCCUCAUUACUAAAGAAAUCGGAUUCGUUGUGUUUUGGAAGCGGUUGCGAAAAGAACUUGCCAGUACCGUUAUCCGUCUCGUUAUUAUCCGAUCCCAAACAGGAGCACGUUUGCCUGAUAUUUUCAAGUUUGAGAGGAAGAAUUUUUAUUGUCCUUUUUCGAAAAUUGCCGACAAGUUAAAUCUUUUUAUCAAACUGUUGUCUCCUGUUGAAAGGAUUUUUUAAAGUGCGGUGACUUUUGCCUUAAACCUCUGAAAUUUUGCAGAGGAGCUGGACGCUUGUAAAGGUUACCUUAAAAUGUCAGUGAAACAGGCUGAAGUUCUGGGCAUUUGCAGCACAUAUCAGUCAGUAAUGCCUCAUUUCGUGUGCAUUGCCGAGGAGGAGUACCCUAAGCCCCUGCCUCCCAUGAAGGUACCCCGGGGUCGUGGUAAAAUCAGACGGCCAAGGCAGUCGAGGUUCAAGACCCAGCCUGUCACGUUUGAUGAGAUCCAGGAGGUAGAAGAAGAAGGUGUGUCCCCCACAGACGAGGAGAAAGCGAGGAAGUCCUUCCUGAUGUCGUUGGAGUGCCUGCGGAGGAGCACCCAGAGCCUGAGCUUGGAGAGGGGUCCCCAGGGCAGCAGCGCCAGUAGCCAGUGGCGCCGUUGUAGCAGCAAACUGCACAGUAGUUUGGAUUCCAGUGAUUCGGACUCCCAGUAUUGAAAGAUUCCUUCCUGGACAUGGAAAGCAGCCCUGAGCCUGCAAGGGCUAAACUAGUCUUAAAAGGACCGUCUCCCACUCUAGCAGGGAGGUUCUGCUUCAUAAUGAAGUAUGGACAUUAAUUAUGUAAAAUAAUAUAUUUUUGUAAAAAAAAAAGUAAUAUGAUGGAAAUUAUAUAAUUAAUAUUUUGGAAGGUGCAGUCGUGUAAAGAUAUCGACGAAGCGUGUAAUUCACUUUCUGUCCUCUAUUUUGGUACUGAAUUGUUUUUUGUUUGUUUUUUUCUGAUUUGACAUGCUUUGCCCACCGAAGUGUUUAAAGGGCGAGGUUAUUCUCCCUUUUUUUUUCUUCUUUGGGGACUUGCACUGAUUGGGAUAAAUGGGUCUACUUUUUGUACAAUUGAAGAGAAUUGUUUUCUCUAGCUCUAGCUAUAAAUCUGAGUCUAGCUUUCUUUUCAGAGUACAGGCAUCGUGACCAUGUUUUUGUUUUGUACUAUUUUUGAAUUGCAAAACUUUUAAACUGUUUCUACACGCUUGGAUAUAUUGUAAUAAUAAAGUUGUCAUUAUUCUAGA